AUGAAGUUCCGCAGGAGUGUAAAGAGCGAAAAGGACACCCGCCCGCACCACAUCUCGAUUCCACCAAAGGAUGCCAUAGCCAUUGUGCCGCCCAAGAAGGUCAUAAAAGCCCUCUACGAUUACACGCCCACAGAUACCAGCCCAAACUCUGUCUACCUUGCCUUUUCCCAGGGCGACUUUCUGCACGUUGUCGGGCGUGAGGACGACAGCGACUGGUACGAAGCCUGCAACCCGCUGCACGGCACCCGCGGCCUCGUUCCCGUCUCAUACUUUGAGGGCGUAGGCAAGACAGUGCGCGACAGUGCUGGCGCCCCCCCAGUACCUCGCGCCACAACACAACAACCGCACGAUUCCGGCUACCAAGAGCGCAUCACAAGCCCGCAACCCUCAACCCAGGACAUUAUGACGCAACAGAUGCGCAUGUCGCGCUCGGGAAAGACUGGCGCCAUGGUCUAUGGCGUCGUUAUCUACGACUUCCACGCAGAGCGGCCCGACGAGCUCGAGGCCAAAGAAGGCGAGGCCAUCAUUGUCAUCGCCCAGUCCAACCCCGAGUGGUUUGUCGCAAAGCCCAUUACCCGACUCGGCGGCCCCGGCCUGAUACCCGUCUCCUUUAUCGAGAUCCGCGACAUGACUACUGGACAAGUAGUCACCGACACGCAAGCCGCCGUGACUGCUGCUGGCGUGCCCAAGGUCGAGGAGUGGAAGAAGAUGGCUGCAGACUACAAGAACGGUAGCAUUCCUCUCGGCAAGCUGGAAACAAACUCGGGCCAGUCGCUGCAACAAGGCAUGGAGCGUUUGAGCGUGCGCAGCCAAAAUGGCGGCCACCAAAAGACCGGUUCGAUCUCCCACUCGCGCAACGGUUCCAUGGCGCAGGCUCGAAAUCCGCACCGCACGUCCGACAACUUGCUCGCACCUAUCAAGGCAUGUGUGCCACGUUACUGCUUUGCUGACGAUAUCUUCUGGUUCAUCAUUGAGUGCCAGAUGGAAGACGGCCGUCACUGGGAGUUGCAGCGUCUAUACCAGGAUUUCUACGAUCUUCAGAUACAACUUAUUGCCUCCUACCCCGUCGAGGCUGGUACGAGUGGCUCGGGAGAACGAACACUGCCAUUUAUGCCAGGCCCGGUAACCUACGUCACCGAUAAUAUUUCCAACGGGCGCCGUGCCAACCUUGACGAGUACAUCAAGAACCUGCUCAAACUGGGCCCGCACAUUACCCAAGGACACCUUGUCAAGGGUUUCUUUGCCCCACGACAAGGCGACUACGAAAUCGACCCCGAUGUUGUGGCUGCUGAAGAAUACCGUUUGUCCCAGCAGUCACAUCACUCGUCAACCCCUUCACAUGGAGGAGCCAGCAGGCAAUCGUCUGCCGACCAACUUCAAGCUACGACCCCAGUGACUCCUUUCUCGACUGGCUCAACCUAUGCCUCGCACCAACGCGGUCCAUCGACAGCCUCGCAAGCAUACUCAACGAGCCUCAACCCACCGCCUAUGAACCACUCACACUCGUCUGUCUCGACCGCCACCGGCACCGGUACGUCGGCGCUCAAGAUCAAAGUAUGGUUCGAGGAAGACAACUGUGUCGUCAUUCGCAUGCCCAUAUCGCUCAAGUUUGUUGAUCUCUACAACAAGCUUGUUGAGAGGAGGAAGCUGGAGCGGCCUGGCGAGGAAGAGGAGGAGCUGAUUGUCGAGUACAAGGACGAGCAAGAAAAUUACUUUUACCCGAUUGAGAACGACGAGGACCUGCAGAUCGCGGUGGAGCGUAAUCCCAAGCUAACACUUAGUGUUACAACGAGGCGGUAA